AUGCUUCUUCCAACAGUUCACCUCUUCUCAUGGGCCUUCAUCUGGGGAGGCUCAGGUUACUACUCGUAUGUCGCCUCACCAAUUGCCUUCAAGACCCUUCCACGUAAGGAGUUUGGCGCUUUGCAAAACAAGGUGUUCCCACACUUCUUCCUUGCCCAGACGCUGGCUCCCGUUGUCGUGGGCCUGACUGCUCCAUAUACGUUGUCCACCGGGGCGAUCAUUGCCCUUGCGAGUGCCGUUGUUGGUGGUGCUGCCAACAAGUGGUGGUUACUGCCUUUGACCAAGGGGUUGAAGGAGAAGAGAAACCAACUUGAGGCGGAGGGCCAGCAGGACUCCGAAGAGUUCAAGCAGGCAACACAGCAGUUUGGCAAGUUCCACGGUGUUUCUCUUGGAUUCAACCUCUUGAACUUCCUCGCGUUGACCUCGUACGGGUUCAUCUUGGUGAGAGGCCUCGUCCGUUACGCUCCAAAAUGA